GGAGCCCCCGUUGCCAUGGUGCCUCCGUUGCCAUGGAGCCCCCGCAGCCGGGGCGGUGGCGGCAGGUGCGGCCCCGCCCCCGGUGACGUCAGCGCGGCGGAAGAUGGCGGCGGAGCGGCCCCGGUGCCCGCAGCCUGCCCGCGCUCGGCCGCGCUGCGCGGACCCUCCGCCCCGCGGGCACCGGCGGCUCUGAGCGCGGGCACGGCGGCGGCCCCGCUCCCCGCUCCGCGCUCCCCGCGCCGCCAUGAGCUGCUCGGCGGACGCCGUGAAGGAGAAGCUGCUGUGGAACGUGAAGAAGGAGGGGUUGUGGAAGCGUGUCUCCUGCACAUGCUGAAGCGCAGGGCUGCCGGCUUCCUGCGGACGGACAAGGUGGCCGCGCUCUUCACCAAGGUGGGCAAGACGUUUGUGGUGGCUGGAGACGUAUGCAAGAAGGUGCAGGAGCUGCAGCAGCAGGUGGAAGGCAGGAAACAUCAGCCCAGUGGGCAGGAGCCCCUCAAGAGACAGGGAUCCGCCACGAGCAAAGCACCCGUCCUGACGCCUCAGGCCAUCAAACACAUCUGGGUUCGGACAGCGUUGAUUGAGAAAGUGCUCGACAAGAUUGUGCAGUAUAUUGUUGAUAACUGCAGUAAAUACUAUGAAAAAGAAGCUUUGCUGGCAGAUCCUGUUUGUGGCCCAAUACUGGCUUCUCUCCUAGUUGGCCCGUGCGCUCUGGAGUACACGAAGCUGAAAACAGCCGACCACUACUGGACCGACCCUUCGGCAGACGAGCUGGUCCAGCGGCACCGGAUCCACGGCGUCCACAGCCGGCAGGACUCUCCUUCCAAGCGCCCAGCCCUGGGAAUCCGCAAGCGGCACUCGAGCGGGAGCACGUCCGAAGAUCGCUUUGCUGCUUCGGCACGGGAGUACGUGGAGUCUUUGCACCAGAACUCCCGAAUACACCUCUUGUACGGCAAAAACAACGUCCUGGUCCAGCCGAAAGACGACUUGGAGGCAAUUCCUGGGUAUCUCUCCCUUCAUCAGUCAGCUGAUAGUCUGACUUUAAAAUGGACUCCAAAUCAGCUGAUGAAUGGAACCCUCGGAGACUCGGAGCUGGAGAAAAGUGUUUACUGGGACUACGCUUUAAUAGUGCCGCUCAGCCAGAUCGUCUGCAUUCACUGCCAUCAGCAACCAGAAAGCAGAUGGACGCUGGUGCUGGUGAGUCAGGACGGGACUCAGAGGCCUCCGCUGCACUUUCCCCAGGGCGGUCACCUCCUCGCCUUCCUGUCGUGCCUGGAGAACGGCCUCCUGCCCCGCGGGCAGCUGGAGCCCCCGCUCUGGUCGCAGCAGGGCAAGGGUAAGGUAUUUCCAAAGCUUCGGAAGCGGAACAGCAACAAAUCAGCGGACCUGGAGGAAAUGCCAGCCGAAGACACUUCUACAGACUACGUGUUCCGAAUCAUCUAUCCAGGACACAAGCAUGAUAACGUAACUAUUAACUACCACCACUUAGCUGCCAGCCGCUCUGCCUCUGUUGACGAUGACGAGGAGGAGGAAGAUAAGCUACAUGCAAUGCUAUCAAUGAUCUGCUCUCGGAACCUCACAGCUCCUAAUAGGAUGAAAGGCGCCGGCGACAUGCUGGAGAUGCAAGGCUUCGGGGCGAGCGCGCUGUGCUGGCAGCUGGAGCCCUGCAGCCGGGGCUCGUCCUGCGUGUCCUGCUCCUCGGGCAGCUCCCCCCGCGACGCGCCCGCCUGCUGCCCCUGCCUGCGGGACAGAACUCCAUUAAAGAUGCUGUGUGAAAGCAUGAAGAAGCAAAUAGUUUCCAGAGCCUUUUAUGGAUGGCUCGCCUACUGCCGCCACCUGUCCACGGUGCGGACGCACCUCUCCGCCCUCGUGAACCACACCAUCGUCCCCCCGGACAAGCCCUCCAGUGCUGCAGGGGGCCUGACCAAAGAGGUCUGGAGCAAGUAUCAGAAAGACAAGAAGAAUUACAAGGAACUGGAAUUAUUAAGAAGAGUUUACUACGGCGGGGUACAGCAUGAGAUUCGGAAGGAAGUGUGGCCGUUCCUGCUGGGUCACUACAAAUUCGGCAUGGCCAAAAAGGAGAUGGACCAGGUGGAUGAGGACAUUGCUCUCCGGUAUCAGAAGGUCAUGGCCGAGUGGAAAGCCUGCGAGGUCGUUGUAAAGCAGCGAGAGAAGGAAUCGCAUUCUGCCACGCUGGCCAAGUUUUCGUCGGGCAGCAGCAUCGACAGCCACGUGCAGCGGCUGAUUCACCGCGACUCCACCAUCAGCAAUGACGUUUUCAUAUCUGUAGACGAAGCGGACCCAGCAGAGCGGGACUGCAAAGGCCGGGAUGACCCCGGUCUCACCGUGGUGUCCGCUGACACGCCGGCAGCGGCUGCCGUCGAGCAACAGUCCGUGGAGUUCGACUCGCCCGACUCGGGGCUGCCGUCCUCGAGGAACUACUCGGUGGCCUCGGGCAUCCUGUCCAGCAUCGACGACGGGCAGAGCGUCUCCUUUGAAGACGGGGCUGAAGAAGAAGGCAGCGCUGACUCGGACAGGACGGGUCCGGACACGGCGCGAACGCAGAGAGCCAGGACGGUGGUGCUGCAGUCUCAGGAUUCUGCCUCGGAGGAGCAGCUCUGUUCCCAGGUGGACUAUUUAAUGGACGUCGCUUCUGUCUGCGCUGCAUCCUACACAAUAGAGUUACUGGACACUGUUGCCUUAAAUUUGCACAGAAUUGAUAAAGAUGUCCAGAGGUGUGAUCGGAAUUACUGGUACUUUACUGCCGAUAACCUGGAGAAACUCCGAAAUGUCAUGUGCAGUUACGUUUGGGAGCACCUAGAAGUCGGUUAUGUUCAGGGCAUGUGUGACCUCCUGGCUCCUUUGAUGGUUAUACUGGACAAUGAUCAGCUGGCGUACAGCUGCUUCAGCUCCCUGAUGAAGAGGAUGAGCCAGAACUUCCCCAACGGCGGUGCUAUGGACACACACUUUGCCAACAUGCGCUCCCUCAUCCAAAUUCUGGACUCGGAGCUUUUUGAAUUGAUGCACCAGAAUGGAGAUUACACUCACUUUUACUUCUGCUAUCGCUGGUUCCUGCUGGACUUUAAAAGAGAAUUGUUGUACGAGGAUGUAUUUACAGUGUGGGAAGUUAUUUGGGCAGCAAAGCACAUCUCUUCAGAACAUUUUGUCCUUUUCAUUGCCUUAGCACUUGUGGAAGUUUAUCGAGAGAUUAUCCGUGAUAACAACAUGGACUUCACUGAUAUCAUCAAGUUUUUUAAUGAAAUGGCGGAGCACCACGAUGCCGAGGAGAUCCUGCGGAUAGCGAGAGACCUCGUCUACAAAGUGCAGACGCUGAUCGAAAACAAGUGAUAAGGACAGACGGUCGGCGCGGCCACGCUGAGCUGUGGGACGGAGCACUUCUUGCACUGUCACUUCAAAAUGGUGUUUUAAUUGCAUCUUCCAUGUAAUGUAGGAAAUAUUUAAGAGAUUUGUAACAGACUUUUAAAAACAGAACUUUUCCUUCCCCAGAUAAGGUUUGUGUUUGAUAGGCCUUGUUACACUCACUUUGUAUUUCUAGACAAAACCUUUUUGCAUUCUUUUACCUCCCUCUCUAGAAGAUGGUCUGUCUACACAUUUGAGAUAUUAAAGAGGGGGGAUUUGACAUACUAGAACAUUUCUAUUUUUAAUUACCGCACCUUCAAGCCGGCCGCAUGCCGUGUGCGCUGCCAGGACCCCGGGGCGGCUGCUGCAGCGUCCAGCCGGGUCCUCGCAGGAUCACCGGACUCGGUGUCUGCGCCUUGAGCGUGGAAAACAGGUCGAGCUCCUGUUGCUGAAACAUCUGGAUUUGCAUUCAGCAGAGCAUUUAGCAACAAGUGAAGUAAAUAAGGUUACCAGGUUACCAGCUGGGAGAGCGGCCUCAACGUAAAUGGCGUGGUUAAUGUGAGCAGUGAGGCUGCCCGCUGGAAACGUGGGAGCGGGUGUUGCAGACGGGGUUACCACAGAUCUCAUGGAUCUCAUGACCUGUGCUCCUGGGGAACCUGGUUCAAGUGCUUCAAGCAUUCCAGAGCGUUCCCACCUUCGCCAUCACAACCUCAGUGAUCUGGGGAAAAGAAAACAAAGCCAAACCCAGGAUGACUCUGAAUCUGAAUUUCUGUGUCUCUGCUAUUUGUUUGGUUUUUCCAGCCUCCAGCCAGGGCCACACAGUUUUGUUCCCAUUGAACCUUGUAGAGAAGACAGCUCUGUACGCUUUUCACAGAUGGUCUGGGUUGAAGGGACCAGCCCAGCCCAGCCUGCCGCGGGCAGGGACAUUGGGACAUUGGGACAUUGCACCAGAGCCGCGUGCCCAGAUAAUUCACAUGAACCACACCGGCUCACGUGAGCUUUUAAAAUCAGAGUUAUAGCGAAAAGGGGUGUAGGGAAUGAAACCGUCCCGUUCAAAGACUCCCGUGCCGAAAGGAGGAGCUGCUGUGGUCGCUCCGGCGCUGUUACCCGGACAAUGGGCGUUCGCUCCGCGCUCGGGCCGGCGCUGCCGCGGGGCCUCGUGAGCAAAAGCAUUGGAGAAAAUGCCAGAUUUGGCUCAAGAAAGACCAUCUGUGCUUAGAUCUUCUGACUGCAGGAAACUAAAAAUGGUACCUAAUAGUCUUAAAAAGGGAAAAAAAUGCACACAAAGUGCUUCUCAGCUCAGUGGCCAAACCCUCCCUUCGGCCACCCAAAAAUGCGAAGGGAUGGCAGACCAAAACAAAACAACCCGACCCGGUACCUUGAAGGGACGAGCCGGUUGUUCUCUGGUCAGGAAACACGAGUGGGCGCAGCCGAGCGCCCGGUGCGGGGCCAGCGCUGCGGGGCGGCUGGAGCCGGGGCCGGCGCAGAGGAGCCGUGAUUGGCCCUUUGUGCACCUGAAAAGCAAAAUCAUAUUUUUUAAACAACUGAGGAACGAGAAAAGUCUCCAACUCAGAGCCCGAGGGAGUGAUGUAAAAAAUAAACCUGCACUAUUUUUCUUUGGUAUGUUGGGAAUGUACGAUACAAAAAAAUGGAACCUCUGCGAAUUUUGUUGUAUUUGCUAUAAUAUUCUGUCUAAUUGUAUUUUAUGAAUGUUGUGUAUGGACUUAUUUAUUUUUGCUGGGAGCAGACUGUUCUCUUUGUUGCUCAAUUAUUUAUGUUUAAAUGUACCAUAUGAAUAAAUACCUAUCGUCGAGGCA